AUGCAGGAAGAUCUUUGCCCGGAUCACGCUCACGCUCAUCCUCCUCUCUGCAUCAUCCUCCUCGCCCACUCCUUGGUCUCGCAGCUCCGCUUCUACAAGAUCCUCAACGACGAGAUCACCCUGAACGACACCUGGAAGGACGACCCAGAGUACAGGGACCUGUCCCGCAUGCUGGAGAAGGAGUGGGUCGCUUUCGGGCUCGUCAGGCUCAGCUACUUCUUCCUAGUCUUCAUCUUCUCUCUGCUUUCAACUGCGGCUGUUGUCUACACCGUGGCCUCCGUGUACGCUGCCAAGCAGAUUACUUUCAAGAAGAUCAUGAGUGUCGUGCCCAGAGUCUGGAAGAGGCUCAUGGUCACUUUUUUCUGGUGCUUCGCACUCUUCUUUGUGUACAACGCUGUGGCUGUAGGGCUUUUGAUCGUAUGGCUCAUCACAGUGAGGCAAUUUUCAGUUGGCCCUGCACUUGGAAUUGCCCUGGCGGCCUCUGCACUUGGGAUUGCCCUGGUGGUCAUUCUCUUGAUCUUAUCCGUCGUUGGGUUGGUUUAUGUCACCAUGAUUUGGCAAAUGGCGAGUGUGAUUUCGGUUCUUGAAGAUGUUUAUGGAAGGAAGGCGAUGCUGAAGAGCAAGGAACUGAUAAAGGGCAAAAUGGGUCUAUCCGUUUGGCGUUUUCUUGGUGUCUUGGUGUGCUCCAUGCUGGUUCAGGCACCGUUUGAAUCACUGGUGGUCUUGGACUUGGUUCCUAAUGGAGUCAGGAUCGGGGUUGGCCUGGUAUGCUUGCUGUUGCUGUCGAUGCUGGUGCUCUUCGAUUUGGUCGUGCAGACAGUGAUCUAUUUCGUCUGCAAGUCCUACCACCACGAGAAUAUCGACAGCUCCUUCUUGUCUGAUCAUCUUGAGGGCUGUCUUGGAGACUGCCCCCCCUGA